AUGACCGAAGAAAUACUAAACAAGAAAAAGGAUUUGGUGAUAGUGACAGAUGAAAAAGAAUGGACCCCACUUCACUACGCUGCAUUCUAUGGUCAUGCUUCAAUUGUUAUACAACUACUAAAAACUGAUAAAUGCAGUGCCUACAUGGGUGACGAAGCUGAUAAGAAGACCGCUCUUCACAUUGCAACCUCCAAGGGCCAUGUUCAUGUAAUGAAACAACUUAUUUCCUAUUGUCCUGAUUGUUGCGAAGUGGUCGACCAAAGACGUCGAAAUGCUCUUCAUUCUGCCUUGGAGAAGCGUCGUCAAUCUCGAAUUACAAAUUUUGUUCUAAAGGAUCCAUGGCUUAACAACGUCCUCUUAAAUGCCAAGGAUGUUGAUGGCAACACACCCCUCCAUACUUAA